UUACUCCCAACCGGUUCCAGUGGUAGAUUUCUCGAUAAGUAGGGUACUCUUCUUUAUCUCCUCCUUUCUGAGUUGUAAAUAUCCAGGUCCCACGAUGAAACAAACUCCAGAGGUCCACUGCACAGUGGGUUUGGUUGGAGGCUAACUCCAAAAUCCCAACACUCCAUGUCAGCCAGUGGACAUUGGUUGUUUGCUCCCAAAUUCCUCUUUUCCUUUUAAUUGCGGUGGAAACAACAGCACACUCAAGCUUAACUUCACUCUAAAGCUCUCUCUCUCUCUCUCUCUCUCUCUCUCUCUCUCUCUCUCUCUCUCUGUGACAAUGGAAACUGGACUUCCCAUGUUUAAUUGUCUCUUGCAGCACACGCUGAGGAACCUCUGUUCAUGUUCAGAUUCUUCUUCCAAUCCUUCCAAAUGGGUUUAUGCUGUCUUCUGGAGAAUCUUGCCUCGGAACUAUCCUCCCCCAAAUGCUUUGGUUUUUGCAGGUGGGAUUAUGGAGGCAGUGCUCUUGAUCGAUCCAAAGGAAACAAACGGAACUGGAUUCUUGUUUGGGAAGAUGGGUUCUGUGAUUUCUAUGAAUGUGAGCAAGCAGGAAGUGGGUACAUCAAGGGGAGGUUUGGAGCUGAUAUCUUCUUCAAAAUGUCACAUGAAGUCUACAAUUUUGGAGAAGGUGGGGAAAGUAGCAGCAGAAAAUAGUCACAAAUGGGUGUUCAGAGAUGCACCAGAUGACGGUGAUCCUACCUUCAUUUCCUCCUGGAAUGCAUCCACUGAACCUCAACCAAGGGCAUGGGAAUUUCAAUUCCAAUCAGGCAUACAGACCAUUGCAAUCAUUUCUGUUAGAGAAGGCAUAAUUCAACUUGGCUCCUUCGACAAGAUAUUGGAAGAUCUUAAUCUUGUGAUCAGCAUACAAAGGAAACUCAGCUACCUCCAGAGCAUACCAGGAGUUUUUGCCAUGCAAAGACCUUACCUACCAAUCCAACAUCCCUACAUCCUCAAACCAAAUCCUCAGAUGAUUGCAAACCAUGAUCAAACAGCUUUAUCAGUCUACGAAAAGCGCCAACUGACCGGCGCGAAAAGAUUGUUCAACGAAGUCCCUGAUGAUUCCCAAACCAAGUCCAUAAACUUGGGCUGGAACACCCCACAAAAUGGACUUCCAGGAUCACCACCUUCGCCGAUUCUUCCUCUUCUGCCCUCCAUUUCUUGCAGCCUUGGAGCUCUACUGUCGAAGCUACCUUCGGUUAAUAUCCCAUGCUAUAAUUCUGGUGAAGCUCCUGACAGAGAAAUGCUUAUGAACAACAUGAGCAACAGUGGCAACAAUUGUGCAGACCAGAUGCUGAAGGUUAGUGGUGGCAUUACGAAAAUAGAGUCAUCCUGUCACUCGGAUGUAGCUAAUGGAGAAAAGCACAGUUCCAUAAACCCUAAUUUGGGUUUAGAAAAUGAGGGGUAGACUUGGAUUCGGACCGGUACGAAAACAAGGGAGUUAGACUUAGAUUGCUCUGACUGAAUCUUAAUUAAUUAGAAAGUUGCAGCUCAGUUUUCUUCAAACUAAGCUGGCAAUACAUUGUUUUAGUCAACUGACUUAUUCCACAUCUACAACUCAAUUUUUUUAAUUACGCUCACUUGGGCUUUUGUCAUAUAAGAAUAUAUAUGUAAUUAUUCUUUCAUGCAAUAAUAACGUGUCUCCAUGGCCCCCAAAACUCAAUUGAAGAUGAAAA